ACGAAAGAAAAACAGAGCACAGAGGGAGAGAAACGAAAUGCAGAAAAAACAAAAAAAAAGAGCACGAGAAUGAGAGAGAAAACCGAGACGAAGAGAAGAGGAAGAUGACGAGAAAACCGGAAGCAAAAACAGAGCAUCAAGACGAGAAGAAAACCGAGGAAGGAGAGAAGAGAAUUAUGGACAGAAAGGAGGCUCCUUUGAAGUGGGAGCAGAAGCUGGAAGCUGCUGCUAAGGCCAAAGCUGAUGCUGAAGCUAAAGAGAGGAAGUUGAAGGCUGCAAAACAUAAAAAACGAUCUGGCUCUGACUCAGAUUAUGACAGUGACAAUGAGUAUAAGAAGUCCAGUAGAAGAGCUCACAGGAAGCAUAGGAAGCAUUCUCACUCUGACUUGGGUGACCAUGAUAGAAGGAAAGAGAAGAAAUCCAAGAGAAAGGCAAAGAAACGGUCCUCAGAAUCUAGUGAUGCUAGCAGUGAUGAAUAUGAUAGUAUCUCUGAGGAAAAGAGGAGAAGGAAGAAGAAUGCAUAUCUGACGGCCUGCUCAGCUAAUAUUUAAAUCAUGUCAUCUCCCUUAAUCUUACAUUCAUUGAUGAACAUAUAUAUAUAUAUAUAUAUAUAUGAUAAAUAUUAAGAAUAUG